AUGGGUAACAGGCACGAUCAGGCUGGACACAUAAUAGCUGAUAGAUUAGGAGGUUUGGCGACAGAUCAGAGAAAUUUCUUUCCCCAAAAUCCGCAUCUAAACAUGGGUUUAUGGAGCACUAUAGAAAAUGACGUAUAUAAUUUAGUUUUAAGUUCUGAACCAGUUCUCUUAAGUAUCACUCUGUUGUAUGAAAAUCAACAAGCUACCAGACUGACUACUAUUGUAUUUCGUAUUCAAUCAGACACUGGGAGUUAUCAUAACAACAUUAUAGAAGAUAUCUCUAAUCCACCGGCUCCUGAAGAUGAAUUGAUGAAGAAUAUUUUAUCAAGUAUAGACCAUUAUCAUUUGUACUUAUUGGAUACAUUUAACAAUUGUGUGUGUGUAACAGAUUGCAUUAUUCAACUACAUAUUUUUAAUAUAUAUUUAUGCAUUACAUAAUUCAACUACACAUCAGUUAACACUUUUAGCUACAAUAUUGUGUAGUGUUAUAUCUUAAACAGUUUAAUAAUCAUUGACCAUGUUCAUCAGGUGAAACACGUCUGUCCAAUAAGUAUGGAUAG